GAGUAAUAAAUUUUUUAUUUCCUUUUUCUUUGCGUGUGAUUGAUUUAUCACCAGCGAGAUCGGAGAACAACUCAAAUCUCUCCGGCCUAAACCAUUCUCUCCGGCGAAAUCCCUGAAUUUUUAGGGAAUCCAACCUUCACUGAGGAUCAAUCGAAUUCCGAUUCCAUCAAGGUAAAUCCAGAUUCAGAGCUCGAAGAUAGUGAGAAAUUAUAAGCGAAACGACUAUGAGACAAGGACCAAGUUCUGAAGAAGAUUGCUUUGGCUUGUUGAAGCAGUUUGAGCAUGUUCUUGAAUCUGACCCUCUUAUUGAUGAAGUAGGGUUUAUCCACCCCUCACAGUUCACCUUGCUGGAUAAAGAAGCAGGUUCCUCCAAUGUGUAUCAACAUGAAGUCCAACUCAACAGUGAAAUCUCAAGAAAGUUCUGGAACCAACAUCACAAAUUGGGAAUCUCUACUGAUAUACUUGUUCAAUUAUGUAAAGAUGCCAAACAUGUGUUUCUUCUUGCGCUUGAUGAGUACAAAUGCCAUGGAAACGUAUGUAGUGAGUCCCAAAUUAAGAAUAUCUCUUGUUCCCCCUCUACUCCCGAGAGUGAUGUCAUGAAGCAUAGCCAAGCUCUUUUGCUGUUAAGCUCAGAUUUUGGAACUGCAUGGAAUGCUAGGAAGUUUAUAUUGUCAAAAACGGAUCAAAUUUCCGCAUUCACUGAAGAACUUCGUCUCUCUGGGCUCAUUCUUUCAAAUUCUCCAAAGAGUGAGUCAACAUGGAGCCAUAGAAGGUGGAUAAUUAAGAUGAUUUCUCGGAGAUUUUCUACACCACAAGAGAUUAUAACCAAAGAAUCUGAGUUAGUGGAAUCAAUAGGCGAGAGAUCAAAGAUGAAUUAUCGUGCUUGGUAUCACCGUUGCUGGUUGGUUUCCUACAUGGCAAUUGAGCAGGUGAUACAAGAGUUGAACAAAUCUAAAGGGUGGGCAGGGCUUCAUGUAGCCGAUAGUUCUUGCUUCCAUUAUCGCAGACGACUGAUGCUCAAGGUUUUGGAUUUCUUCUAUGUGAAAGGAAACAAUGUUUAUGAUAGAACUCAGGCACAUAAAAUCUGGAAGGAAGAGCUGGUGUGGAACAAAGAAUUGGUAGAACGUUAUGUGGGGCGAGAGUUUUUCUAUCAGGCACUAUGGCUUCAUCGACGGUUCCUCUCUCUUAAUUGGAUAAUGUAUUUUGCUUGCAACCAUUCAGAUGUUUCACCUGAACCCGGAGAGAGUAGUAUCAUUAUGAAUGAAGAAAUUGCCAACUUCAUCAAUAAUGAGAUCCAUCUUCUAGAAUCUUGUAUGACAGUUCCGGAUACCAAAUUUGAAGAUUUUCAAGCUCAAGCAUUGCAUGCUGUUGCCUAUAUGCUAUGGCUGACAAAGAAAAUACCAGAAUUGUGGAGAAUGCUCGAGGAGAAGCUGGGAAGAGAGAAAGUGAAGUGUUUACUGAGCAUAAUAGGUGAAGAGAGACCAUCACUUUUGCUUCAUUUGGUGAAUGUCUGAAGAUUCUUCUGAGAUUUCAAAUACAAUUAUCUUUUCUCCACAUUUACGUUAAUAGCUGGAAGAAAGACUGCAUUCUGCGUAAAUUGUUGUCAAACCAUGUCUCAGAAUCUGUUUGACUUUUUUUUUUUGCCUCUGCCGACAAUAGCUUAAUCUAAGUUGAUUAAUGAAGAAUUUAACCGACAAA